UCAAAACAAACAAACACAUUGGGAGUGUGUGGGAUUGUGUUAUUAAAUAUGUGGGUUGUUGAUAUGAUGUUGCGGGUUGUGCUCUCGGUUGUGUUGUGGGUUGUGUUGUCCAUUGUUAUACCAUUAAUGUUUGGCUUUGUUGUUAUGAUGUUGCUGGUUAUGUCCUUGGUUAUUUUUAUCUUGUCGUGGGUUGUUCUUAUCAUGUUGAGGGUUGUUCGUAUGAUCGAUAAGGAUAAAUUCUGGAAGCGACAAGAAGACAUAGCAGAGUGCCUGGUCGUUUGUAUAGCAAUUGUCUUUGAAGAUAUAAUGCCGGCCGUUGUUCUUAAGAUGUUGCGGAUCAUAUCGCGGAUGUUGCGGGAUCAGAUGACGAAGAAAAUGGCGAGAGUGAGGGAUGAUCUCACGAAGUUACAAGAAAGGCUAGAAAAGGCCUACCGCAAGUUGGAGUAUGCUGAUGAGGAGAUGAUGAUUGUCCCGUAUGGCACCACCAACACCUUGUUUCAUAAUUUGAGAGCUGUUUCGAAUGACUUGCAAGACAUCAUUGAUGAAUUAUUUAAGCUUGAGGAUACAUUGGAGACAAUGGUGACAAGGAAAUCCGAGGUACACUGGUAUUCUCCUUUCAUUUAUGUAUACCAGCACCUGAUAUAUUUUCCCUGGCAAAUUAAGAGACAAAAUAAAACUCUUAAAAUCAUUAACUCUAGAUUGGAAGAUAUUCUCAAACAAGAGUUAAACGACAGUUUGACUUUAUUUAAUCUUAAUACCACUGUAGAACAUGAUAUUGAUCUAGUUGGUGAAAUAGAGCAUGAUACCGAAAACCUAGUGAAGAAGUUAAUGAUCACCCGUAGUUCUCCGGGAGUUCAUGUUUAUGGGAUUGUCGGGGAGAGAGGCAUUGGCAAAACAACUCUAGCUACAAAAAUCUUCAACCACCAAACAAUUAAAGAUAAAUUCCAGUCGCCACCACCGAUAUGGGUAGAUGUUCACAUGAAUUCUACUUUUCAUACAAUAAUGAAUUCCAUAAAUAAAUUUGGUGGUGAUUUAAUUCAAGAUAAGGAAAUUUUGGUGGUUCUCAAUGAUGUUAAUGAUUCAAAAGUACUAAAAGACAUGAUUGACUAUAUGCAUUUAAUCACUAACGCCAAUGUUUUAGUCACAACUAGGUAUGAAAGUGUCAUAACUCAUGAGGGCAUUUAUAAACAUAAGUUACCAUUAUUCUCCGAGGAGGAUGGUUGGGCCUUGAUUUGUAAAUUAUUAUUUAAUGAUGGUGAAAAGGGGAACAUGCAACACUUUGAACAAAUAGGUAAAAAGAUGGUGAACAAGUGUCAUGGCCUUCCACUUUCAAUCAAAACCAUUGCUAGAAUCCUAAAUACUAAAGAGAAAAAUCUUAGUGAGUGGGAGAAGGUCCUAGAAAAUAUUAUUGUUUUACUAGAACCCUCAAAUAUAACACUACCUAAGCCAGUUUAUUUGCUCCCUUAUGAGAACUUGUCGCCGUAUAUCAAGCAAUGUGUCAUCUUCUGUGCAUUCUUCCCCGAGGAUUAUAUCUUCGACAAGAACAUUUUGAUCCAACAAUGGGUUAUUUCCGGGCUGGUGGAAAAGAAGGAAAAGACACAGCAGCUUUUGGAAGAUGUAGCAAAUGAUUACUACAUGGAACUAGUUGAAAGCAAUAUUUUACAACCAGCUGCUGCAGAAUGCUUUUAUUAUGAUGAUAAAACCAUGUGCCAAAUGCAUGGUAGUAUGAGCUCGUUUGGUCAACCUUUGGUUCAAAAUUAUGGUUAUUUUCAAGGUGAUGUUAAAGCAUUAGAAGAAGCCACAACUUUCCCCUCGUCAUCUUCCGUACCAAAGCUACAUCAUUUGGUAAUCACAAAUCAUGCACCAUUGAAUGUCUUUCCAAAUAUUGUGAAAAAACAGACAUCAGUGAGAACGCUCGUCUUCACAAGCAAGCUUGAAAUAACCAAGCUACCCAAAGAUCUCUUCCAAAAGCUCAAGCUCUUGCGGAUUUUGGAUAUAAGCGGCUCUGAUUGUAAAGUUCUACCAAAAUCUCUAUUCAAGCUCCUGCACCUGCGUCACCUAAAUCUGUCAUGUUUACCCAUCAAGACACUUCCAGAUGCCAUAGGGGAUCUCAUCAAUCUACAACACUUAAUCCUCAGAUACUGUGGAAGUCUACUAUAUCUCCCUGAGAGCAUUCUAAAAUUGCAUAAGCUCAGGAGCAUUGACGUUCACCAAACAUCACUCACGUACAUGCCAUUUUGGAUACAUCAACUACCUCAAUUGACUAGUCUCGUUGGAUUCGUGGCAAGUGAAUUUUCAAGUUACGAAAGAUUAGCAGAAAUUAGCGAACUGAAGAAGCUCCAAACCCUCCACAUUGUGAAUUUGGAGGUUGUCAAUGAUCUUCCUCGCAAGGUACUCCAAGAACAUAUUAAUCUCACUAAUCUCACUAAUCUCACACUUUCUUGUCGAGGAGAGGGUCAACCAUAUGAAGAAGAUGAGAAGGAGAAAAUGCAAGAGUGCUUUGAGGCUCUCGACCCUUCGUCCACAUUAAUCGAACAUAUCAAGAUCAAUGGUUACUUCGGCCUAAGAUUCCAUCGAUGGAUCAUGGAUUUACCUUUUCUUAAAUUGAAAAGGCUUGACUUGCUCAAGUGUAAAUAUUGCACCGAACUUCCAGCAUUGUACCACUUUCCUUUGUUGGAACACCUUCGUGUUGAAGAUGCAUGGUCCAUAAAGCACAUUGAUUUAGACGUUGGACCCUGGAGCAAUGUUCCUAGCUUAAAGUCAUUAAUACUGAAAGACAUGCCAGAGUGGGAAGAGUGGACAUGGGAGCCAUAUCAAUCUCAUUUGUUGAAGCCUGUCCUCGAAUUAUUGGAGAUCAUCAACUGUCCAAAGCUCAAGUCCCUUCCUCAAGGUCUUGCUUGCCAUGCAAAAAAUUUGGUCACUCUCACAAUCUACAAAGCACAUAGCCUUGAAAAAGUUGAAGUAUUCGCAUCACUAAAAACCGCCACAUUUUUCAGCAACCACAAUCUCUUCAUUAUUUCUGAGUUCCCAACAACUUGCAAUUUCGAGAUUGAUGAUUGUCCUAAGUUGGAUGUUGCAUUGCUUCCACAAACAUCCCUACAGAGGCAUACAUAUACAUCCCUUUAAGAUGGUUCAUCUUCUAAAUGCAAAAGGAUUCUGAAUCUAGUUAAUGCAAAACUCCACCAUCGGUGCUCCAAGUAUCUCCUAUUGGCAUUGGUAUAUAUCUAGCUGUCUACAGACUUAUUACCACCUCUAUGCUUUCUCUGUGAAUCACUGUAAGAGGAU